AUGAACCCGGGCUCCGGGGACGCGGCAGGAGGGGGGCCGCCCGCGCCCCGGCCCCGCCGCCGCCGCUCCCUGCGCCGCCUAUUCAGCCGCUUCCUGCUAGCGCUGGGCAGCCGCUCCCGCCCCGGGGACUCGCCGCCCCGGCCCCCGCCCCAGCCGGGACACUGCGAUGGCGACGGUGAGGGAGGCUUUGCCUGCGCCCCGGGCCCGGCCCCAGCGGUCCCCGGGAGCCCCGGGGAGGAGCGCCCGUCUGGACCCCAGCCCCAGUUCCCCGCGGGCGACGGGGCGCGGCCGCCGGGCGCGCAGGGCUUGAAGAACCACGGCAACACCUGUUUCAUGAACGCCGUGGUGCAGUGUCUCAGCAACACCGACCUGCUGGCCGAGUUCCUGGCGCUGGGGCGCUACCGGGCGGCGCCGGGCCGCGCCGAGGUCACCGAGCAGCUGGCGGCGCUCGUGCGCGCGCUCUGGACGCGCGAAUACACGCCCCAACUUUCCGCCGAGUUCAAGAAUGCAGUUUCCAAGUACGGCUCUCAGUUCCAAGGCAAUUCCCAGCACGAUGCCCUGGAAUUCCUGCUCUGGUUGCUGGAUCGUGUGCACGAGGACUUGGAGGGCUCGUCGCGAGGGCCGGUGCCCGAGAAGCUUCCACCUGAAGCCAGUAAAACCUCUGAGAACUGCCUGUCACCGUCGGCUCAGCUUUCUCUAGGUCAAAGCUUUGUGCAAAGCCACUUUCAAGCACAAUACAGAUCUUCCUUGACCUGUCCCCACUGCCUGAAACAGAGCAACACCUUCGAUCCUUUCCUGUGUGUGUCCCUGCCCAUCCCCCUGCGCCAGACGAGAUUCUUGAGCGUCACCUUGGUCUUCCCCUCUAAGAGCCAGCAGUUCCUGCGGGUUGGGCUGGCCGUGCCGAUCCUCAGCACAGUGGCAGCCCUGAGGAAGAUGGUUGCAGAGGAAGGAGGCGUCCCUGCAGAUGAGGUGAUCUUGGUUGAACUGUAUUCCAGUGGAUUCCAGCGGUCUUUCUUUGAUGAAGAGGACCUGAAUACCAUUGCAGAAGGAGAUAAUGUGUAUGCCUUCCAAGUCUCUUCGUCACCUGGCCAGGGGACACUCUCAGCUCAUCCAUCAGGGUUGUCGGUUUCCCCACGCUUGGCAGCCCGUGAGGGUCAGCGAUUCCCCCUGUCUCUCCACAGUGAGAACAAGGUGCUAAUCCUCUUCUGUAACUUGGUGGGGUCAGGGCAGCAGGCUAGCAGGUUUGGGCCACCUUUCCUGAUAAGGGAAGACAGAGCCAUAUCCUGGCCCCAGCUCCAGCAGUCUAUUCUCAGUAAGGUUCGCUAUCUCAUGAAGAGCGAGGCCUCUAUACAGAGCCUGGGGUCUCUGUUCUCCAUCCGGGUUGUGGGGCUCUCCCUGGCCUGCAGCUACUUAUCGCCACAGGACAGUCGGCCCCUCUGCCACUGGGCAGUGGACAGAGCUCUGCACCUCAGGAGGCCGGGAGGCCCCCCCCACGUCAAGCUGGCGGUGGAGUGGGACAGCUCUGCCAAGGAGCGCCUGUUCGGGAGCCUGCAGGAGGAGCGGGCCCGGGACGCUGACAGCGUGUGGCAGCAGCAGCAGGCACACCAGCAGCACAGCUGCACCCUGGACGAGUGCAUUCAGUUCUACACCAAGGAGGAGCAGCUGGCCCAGGACGAUGCCUGGAAGUGUCCCCAUUGCAAAGUCCUCCAGCAGGGGAUGGUGAAGCUGAGUUUGUGGACCCUGCCUGACAUCCUCAUCAUCCACCUCAAAAGGUUCUGUCAGGUGGGGGAGAGAAGAAACAAGCUCUCCACGCUGGUGAAGUUUCCCCUCUCUGGACUCAACAUGGCUCCCCACGUGGCCCAGAGAAGCACCAGCCCCAAGCCGGGGCCGGGCCCCUGGCCUCCCUGGAAGGAGCCGGGCUGCCUGCCCACUGCCUACCCGCUGGACUUCCUGUACGACCUGUACGCCGUCUGCAACCACCACGGCAGUCUGCAAGGUGGGCAUUACACAGCCUACUGCCGGAACUCUCUGGAUGGCCAGUGGUACAGUUACGAUGACAGCACGGUAGAACCGCUUCGAGAAGACGAGGUCAGUACCAGAGGGGCUUACAUCCUGUUUUAUCAGAAGCGAAACAGCAUCCCUCCCUGGUCAGCCAGCAGCUCCAUGAGAGGCUCCACCAGCUCCUCCUUGUCUGACCACUGGCUCAUGAGGCUUGGGAGCAACACCGGCAGCACGAGGGGCAGCCUGCUGUCCUGGAGCUCGGCCCCCGGCCCCUCCCUGCCCCAGCUUCCCGACCCUCCUGUCGUCACAAACAGCCUCUGCAAUCAGGACAAGGGGGGCCCGCAGUCCAGGCUUUUGGUACGGGGUGUGCAAGGCAGAAGCAUCAGCAUGAAGGUGCCCACCUCUUCCCGAGCCAAGCAGGGGCCCUUCAAGACCAUGCCGCUCCGGUGGUCCUUCGGACCCCGGGAGAAACCACCCGGUGCGUCUGUCGAGUUGGUGGAGUAUUUGGAGUCCAGACGGAGACCCCGAUCCACGAGCCAGUCCAUCGUGCCACUGCUGACGGGCGCUGCUGGUGAGGAGAAGUCGGCCUCGCCGAGGUCAACCGUCACCGUCUCUGCUAAAGGUGAAGAAGGUGGGCGAGCCAGCGAAAGAGGACUGGCCGAGGGGCCCUGUCCCUCGGGCCACCCCAACCACUGCCUGGGCCCUGGAAGCUCAGAUGGUCUAAACGCAGCAAGGAAACUAAAGGAAAAUGCAGGUCAGGAAAUCAGGCUUCCCAAAAAGUUCGACCUGCCCCUCACUGUGAUGCCCUCCAUGGAGAACGAGAAGGCAGCUCGACCGGAGGGCCAGAAGGCCACGAACUGGAGGGGAAGUGGCCAGGUGGGAAGCAGGAAUGGCCCACCUUCCCCCUCCAUGGGACUGUCUGGAAACAGUAAGGACAGUUGGCGAGGAACCCUAGCCAAGACAAGGGCUAAUGCGGAGGAAAGGGACUCUGAGGGGGACAGACCUCCGCAGGGAACACUCACCCUGCUGAGGUCUGUGUUUUGGAAGAAGGAGAGUAAGAGGAAUGACAGGGCAGAGGUCUGCCCCCCGGCGCCCCCAGUGUCCCUGCUGAGUGGCAGGCUGAGCCCCGCCAUGAACGAGCAGGCUCGAGGCUCAUCUCCUUCCCUCCGGAUCCGAGAGAGCCUGGCCAGGGGCCUGGGCAGCCAUCUCGAGAGGGACGUCCGGUCGGCCCCCAGCUCUCUCCACCUCCCUCGCAAAGCCGGCAGGCCUCCGAGAGGCAGUGGCCUUGGCACGUCACAAAGGAGCGUUCUGGGGGACCAGACUUCUUACGGCACCUUGCAGAAGGUCAAAUACCACACUCUGUCCUUAGGCCGAAAGAAAACCUUACCAGAGUCCAGCUUUUGACGGAGCAUCUUGGUAUUGUGCGAAGCUGGCGUUCUUGGGACUUUGCACUGAGUAGCUGUAGGCAGCCUGUGUCGAGAGUGGGUUUCCAGGAAGCCAAUUGUGAUCUCCAUGUCUAGACUUCCCACACCUAAU